UCAGUCAAUUAGGUAAAAAAAAACUACCUGCGUUGUAACACGGUCACAGUGGUUACGACGUAUUGAUUAUAACAUUUAAAAGCAGAAACCAAAACAUGUUUUAACCCAUUGUUGCUCGACACUGAAAUACUGUACAAUGGCAACCAGGAAACAAGGCAACCCCUAAGCACCAAGACAGAAGGGACUAAAAUGAGACAGAGUCGCGUAAUGCCGUGUCAAGCUGUAUACAACGUGACACAAGGAAAAGUCAGUACUAAACGAGGUACUUGAACUUCUUAUGGGCUAGGGCUGGACACUUUCGUAUCUAAAAAAAAAGUCUAGUUCCUCUUCCUGACUUUGUAACGAUUUUAAACAUUCUAUUCAGUUGGUAAGAGAGAGAGAACGACCACUUUUAAGAAUCUUUGUUAUUUUUUUCAUAAAGAGUCGUGCAAGAGCGUCCCACCCUCGCGUUCACUUCGCCGCGAGGACAUCGAAGGGAUUCAAUUUCUUCUCUGUGCUUGAAGUGACAGCUUCGAAACAUUUGUCUUUUGAGGGGGCAAAGAGGUUACCGUUCCUCUUUCUGAGGAUGGAUAGUUUAACUGCUGUUUUAAGACAUGUGGUGCUUACUUAGUGUUUCAAGGAAGCAAAUCUAUAUGGUUGAUAAUAUACGAUAAUCGGGAAAAUGACUUCUGUUUGGAAAAGGUUACAAAGAGUUGGCAAAAGAGCCUCAAAGUUUCAGUUCGUGGCUUCGUACCAAGAAUUGAUGGUUGAAUGUACCAAGAAAUGGCAGCCAGACAAACUUGUUGUGGUUUGGACCCGCAGAAAUAGGCGGAUUUGUUCAAAGCCACACAGCUGGCAGCCAGGAAUUAAAAAUCCUUACCGUGGCAUGGUGGUGUGGAUGGUCCCAGAAAAUGUGGAAAUUAGUGUCACUCUUUAUAGAGAUCCACAUGCAGAUGAGUUUGAAGAUAAGGAGUGGACUUUUGUAAUUGAAAAUGAAACAAAAGGACAUCGAAAGGUUCUAGCAUCAGCAGACAUUAACAUGAAGAAGUAUGCCAGUGCUAUGCCUACGCAGACUGAUAUCAAACUGAGACUGAAACCGCUGUCUGUUAAAGUGGUUGCAGCAACACUCCAGCUCUCCCUUUCAUGUGUCUUCUUACGCGAAGGAAAAGCCACAGAUGAGGACAUGCAGAGCUUGGCCAGCUUAAUGAGUGUCAAGCCAACAGAUAUUGGGAACCUUGAUGAUUUUGGUGAGAGUGAUGAGGAAGAUGACCGCAAAGUUACUCAAGUAGAGAAGCCACAACUGGCAGCUGCAGGCUUUGUUAAAACAGUGUGGUCAGGGCAAUUUUCAGAUAUUUGCAGGGAACUUAAUACUCUAAAUGAAGAGGAAGAGGAUCCUGGAAUUGUAAAAUCAAGCAAAGAAACUAUAGAAACAAAACUUUUCUCACAUCAUAAGGAAGUAGUUAAAAAUGCUGAAAGCAGUAUGGCUGAAAAAGACAAAUGUUUCAAUGGACAAGAGUUUCGAAACCAAGACAAGACUGUAAAGGCAGAAACACAUGAUAUGGAAACCAAGAACAGUCAGCCAUGUCUGGAAAAAGAUACUACCAUGCUAAAUGCUGAGGUAAGUAAAGACUUGAAGAAUUUAAACCCACUGGAGUCAAAUUCCAGUCAAAAACCAGGAGAGACAUGUGAAUAUAUAGGAAUACCUUUGCCUACAUCAGUAGUAGAGAACAGCCAUAAAAAGAGUACUGCAUUUUUUUCAAAAACAAUUCAGCUGCCGAAAGACGAGUGGUCACUAGUGAAACCAGUGGAUGAGGGAUCUGGAAGAAAACAAGAUAGCAAGCACCUGUGUGUAACCACAGAAGAACAUGGCACAAAAGUGGAAAUUCAGCUUGAAGGUGAAGGGUCUUUAAAACAGAGGGAGUUUGCAUUACCAGAAGAAAAGACAAAGCCAUUAACUGAUGAGGGGGCAGCUGCGCUCACAGUGAAGACAGGGUCUGAUCUUUUGUGGAAGCCAAGAAAAGAAAUGCCAGACCCUGCAAUGAGGGUCAAAAAGAGACCUAGCAGUAUCCCUGUCAAAGGUGACGGACUUGCAUCAGAUAGUCAAGCACUUGGUGUAGCUAUUGCAGGAUCUAAGGAACAGAAAGAAACGGUCAGUGUUAUAUCUACGGUGAAUAGCCAUACUCCAGCUGAAACUGUCAAUGGUUCUGCAAAAAACAUCAGUCAUACAUUGAAAAUAGAUAACUCUUCAACUGUAGAAGCUGCCAGGAAUUCUGAUGUGGCAGAUACUGCAGAAUCAACAAAAACAGUUGGUGGCACGCUCACAUUACAUAACUUCAAAACAGCUGGAAUGCUAAGUAUUGAAUCUACAAUAAAUAACCUUAAUCCAACAAAAUCCACAAGCAUUGUCCUUCAGACAGAUCAGCAUACAUCUUUAAAGACGCUGAAUGUUAUGUCUGUGCUAGAUAAUCUGAAACCAGCAGAAAUUGAUAGCUUUUUGCUUCCAGUAGAUAGCCUACAUCCAAAGCAAACCACAUGUGUUACGCCAUCAGUAGAUAAUGAGUGUCUAGUAGAAACAGAAACAGUCACUGAUUCAUCGAUAUUAGUCCACCUUAAAUCUGCAGAAAUUGGUAAUAAGUCAUUUAUUUCAGAUACUUGCAAACCACUAGAAUCUAUCAGUGAUAGUCUUUUCUCAAAUGAGAGUGAACCUGCAGAAACUACUGGUGAUGCUCCUGUAGCAGAAAAGCUAAAACAGCCAGAAAGAAGCAGUCCUUUGUCAUUACUAGAUAACUAUAAAUCUUUCAUGUCUGAAAUAACAGAUAACAUCAAUGAUACAACCAGAGUAGAUUUAGCUAUGCCAGAAGUCAUCACUGAAGGAGAAAAUAUUAUUAAAAUACCACUUUAUGAGACAAGUAGUCCUAAAACUGAUGAUGCUUUAUGCAAGCUACCCACAAUAUAUAACAGCAUAUCACAGACAGGUAUCAGUGAGACAAGUGUGGUAAAUAAACUUGAAGAAAUACACAGCAGCUUCACUGAAGGUACAGCUAAGAUGGCACAGACAGUUAGUGAUAUACCUGUAAUGGAUUACUGUAGCAUUACAAAGACCAUCAGCUACACUGAUGUAUCAGAUAGCAACACACCCAGAGAAAUGGUCUGUGCUUCAUCUUCCAUACAGGAGAUGAAACCUGUGGAAAUUGUCACUGAUGUACCAGUUAUGUAUAUACCAGUCUUUUCAGAUGUAAGUAGUUCAGAUGAUGUAGACAUUCCUAAACCUUUACAUAAUUCCACUGCAGUCUGUGACAUAGAUGUCUGUGAAUCACAAGAAAGAAACGAUAUAACUACAGUAAAUUUCCAGCAGCUAGUAACACCCAACAGUGAUAUGUUCAGCACAGAUAUAUACAGGCCAUCUGAAGCAAGCGACAUAUCAACUGUAACUAUUUUUAAAGGAACAGAAGCUAACAGUGGCUUCCUCACAGGCAUUGCUAAUAAUUUGUCAGAAACCCACACUAAUGCAUAUUUGACAGACAGCUUUAAACCAAUAGAAACAUGUAGUGCUAACUUCUUAGCAGAAUCCCCCCAAGAAGAUAUGGACAAUGCUCUGUCCACAGCAGAAAAAUGUAAAUCUGACAAAGUAUUCAGUGGUUUCUCCUCAGGUGGUGAGUCUGAAAUGGCAGACAUCCACAGUGUUUUGUACUUAGCAGAGAUAUCAGAGCCAGUGGAGGCUUGCCAUGUGACGGAUUCUCAGAAUAGCCCUGAUACUUCAAGAUUUGCCAGUAGUAACCCUACACUGUAUAAUGUUAAACCACAAGAAAAGAUCACAGCUCUGUCUGCAGUAGACAGGCCUGUAGAUGGUACCAAAACUGAGUUUUCAGCAGAUAGUAAUAAAGUAUCUUUGAGCAAUGUGCCAUCUGUAGAAAAUGGUCUUCAUAUAGAUGACAGUAACUUUGACAGGGCUAUGACAGACAGAUGUAAGCCAAUAGACGAAGUCUACAAAAGAUCUGCAGAGACUAGUUAUAAACUGCUGAUAACAUCCACUGUUGUGACAAAAGAAAAUAGUCCAGAAUCCUUAGAAAAAGAUGAUAUUGCAGUCAGAAUGCAUUCUCAAAAUUCAUUUGCAAUGGUUAGUACUGAAUACCCUGCAGAUAUGUCCAGAACAACAGAAAUCCCCACUGCUCCAUCUGAAAUAGAGUGCUUUAAGCCAAAGAAAAUUGAAAGUGAUGAAAUGGGAGUGGAUGCUGCUGCUCUAUUAGAGAUUAGAGAUAAUGAGUCAGUACCUGACAUUCACUGUAAAGAAGUAGCUGUUAGUGCAGAGUUGAUAAACUGCUGUGACCAAGUAAAAAACAGUGCUAUAGCCACAGCGGAUAGCAUAAAACCAGAACAAAUACUGACAGGUGGGACUAGUGCAUAUAGCCUCAAGUUAACAGAAGUAGGUAGUAUUCUUCCUGUUUUACAUACUGCAGAACUGGUAUUAGACAAGGCAGCUGCUUGCAUUACUUUAAAUAAUUCCAGACCAGAAGCUGUAGAUGCUUGUUUGCUACCAGUGGAUAAUUGUAAAUUAGCAGAACCUAUGGCUACAGUAAAAGCCCUUAAAAAUUUUACAGUCACCGCAGAUAGCUUUAAUACAUCAGACAUAGAUAAUGGUACCACAUUAUAUCCUGUCAGCUUUACCUCUACUCCACUCACAGCAAGCAUUCUUAAACCAACAGAAGUGUCAUGUUUUGCAGAUGCUAAAGACAACUUCAAAGUUGCAGAAGCUGGUUACAUAGCUUCAGAAUAUCUUCCAAACACUGAAGACACAGGUAAUGCUGAAAGCUGGUCAGAUACUUUUAAACCAAGUCUCACUGUAGUACCUGCAGCAAAUACUCCUCAACCUUUAGAAAUUGACAUUGCGUUUGUUAACACAGCAGAGGGGGGCAUAAUUACAGGUAUAUCUCGUUCCACAGAAAAAAUGUGUACAGCAGCAUUAGCUUUGGAAUCUGAAGAAAUGUAUGCUAGGGAUCAUGUCCGUGUGUACAAAGAAGAUGAAAUAACCAACUUUAUUUUGGAAGACAUGAAUAAACAAAAACUGGAAACUGGAAAUCACAUCUGUGACAUUCCCAAAAUAGAAGAGAGGGUUGUAAGUAAACCAGAAAAUGAUUUCCAACCAGCAAGAAAACUGGGUGCCACACAAUAUUUAGAGAACAAAGAAUCACCACUUUUAAACCAGGAGGCUUUAACUUCCAUUGCUAAGGCAAAUCAAGUAUCUAUUUUUGAGAUGCAGAUGAUGGAUCCACUCACCAAAAUUGCAGAACCAGGUGACAAUAAUGGAGCAAGUCAACAUUCUGAGCUAUGCUCCCCGGAAGAAGGUGAUUUCACAGCUGGUACAUCAGCCACAUCAGUAAUCAACAGCAGUACAUUGAAGACAUCACUAAUUGAUAAAAAUGUGGAUUCAAAGAUGACAAAGAUUCAAGAUCGGCUUUCUGCCCAGAAAUUGUCCAUUUGCAUUCCGGAAAAGGAUACAGCUGCCUGUUUUGAUGAACAAAAUGAAGAAGACCUGGAAUCUGGCAGUUCAGUCAAGGUCAGGUCAAGCUCAUCAAGUUCUCAGCCCCUUCCUAGUCCUGGACUUGUAGAUUCAUGUCAAUCUCUUCUUGAGUGGUGCAGGGAAGUCACCAAAGGCUACAGAGGAGUAAAGAUCACCAACUUUACCACAUCCUGGAGGAAUGGGCUAGCGUUUUGCGCUAUUCUGCAUCACUUUCAUCCAGAGAAGAUAGAUUAUGAAUCGUUGGAUCCAUUUGACAUAAAAAGCAAUAAUAAAAAGGCUUUUGAUGGUUUUGCUAGUCUGGGAAUUUCUCGGCUGAUUGAACCUGCAGAUAUGGUAUUCUUGACUGUUCCAGACAAACUAAUUGUGAUGACGUACCUCUGCCAGAUCCAAGCUUAUUUCACUAACCAAGAGCUCAAUGUCAUCCAGAUUGAAGAAAAUAGUAGUCAAAGUACAUAUAAGGUAGGAAGCUUUGAAAUGGACACAGACUUAUCCGUGAACCCAGAAAAAUUCUACUCUGAAAAAAUACAGUCUGCUGCUGCAGGUGUAGCCCUCCAGAAACCUACUGGCAAAGAUAAGGCAGAGAGACCUAACCUGGUGGAGAAGUCAUUAGUUAACAGUGAAAUUCUGCCAGCUAAACUGGCAGAGAGAGUUUUACCUAGUGCACUAACUGUGAGCAUUCCUGAUCAAGCACAACAACUGCAACCUGUUACUGAUAAUAAGGCAAGUACUGAAGAAGAUGUCUGUGACAGUAAAAAGACAGGAAAGGAUCUUAUUGCAGUUGAAGAUGUCACUGAUAAGAUAAAGAUAAAUGGGACUACUGAUGAACAGUUAAGACCUGAGGCUAAAGAGACAGUAAUUGAACCUCACCCACCCCCUCGUACAAAGAAACUGGCACAGAAGGCACAGACUGUGGAUAAUUCUAGUAUUGCUGGCUUCAUAUCAGAGACAGUACCAGAUAAAACAGUGCAACAGACAAUGGAAAGUACAAGUAAUAGACCAGAAAGAGAACGUUUACAACGCACUGUCUCAAGUGGAAGUCAGUGUCCUGUGGCUCCUCCUCGGACACAUGGAAGUAAGUCAAGCUUUGCUCACGUAAGGGAUGCAGAUCUUGUCAAGAAGCGUCGCUCACGCCUCAAGAGUGAAUCAAUGUCAUUUGAUGAAAGUGAGAAUGGUCUUUCCAUUUUGGAUCAAGGAAAUAAAAAAGUAGAGAGCGGUAGUGAGCAAAUACAUUUGUCAAAAUCAGGACAUUUGCCUAACACUCAACAGCAACAGCAGCAGCAGGCAGGCCUCAAACCAGAUGUAAAUGCCAUACAACCUGCUCAAGAAGAAAAGCCAAAAGAUGUAGAAAAAGAACCAAAAGCUCUUGAUGAAGAAAUACCGAAGUUUCGAGAUACCAGUCAGUAUGUCCUUGGAGAACUGCAGGCUCUAGAGAAUGAGCAAAAACAGAUAGAUGCUCGUGCUUCUGUAGUUGAAAGUGAGCUCCGUCAGUUAAUGGGAACAGGAACUAAUAAAGCAGAAGAGGAAAAUUUGAUUCAGGAGUGGUUCAUUCUUGUGAAUAAGAAGAAUGCUUUAAUUAGAAGGCAGGAUCAACUAUACAUUUUAGAGGAGGAGCAGGACCUAGAACGACGGUUUGAUCUUCUGAACAGGGAAUUGAGAGGACUGAUGGCUGUAGAAGAUUGGAGCAAGACUGAGUCUCAUCAAAAACGCGAGCAGCUUUUACUGGAAGAGUUGGUUUCACUUGUGAACAAGAGAGAUGAGUUAGUGCGUGAUUUUGAUAUUAAGGAGAAAAGAGCUCAAGAAGAAGAUGACCGCUUGGAGCGUGGCUUGAAGCAGCGACGUCAGAAAUUCAGCCGUAAAGAGAAGUGCAGUGUCAGCUGAAAACUCAGGCUUGUGAAGGACAUUUUUGUUCAUGACUGGGACAGACAAACUUAAGGGAUUGUUGCUGCUGUUGAAGUUUGUUUUCUGAAACUAAUUAUGGUCUUCACACAAGCUGUGAAGUUUCAAUUUUCAGUAAACUGAAUGGUAUGAGGGGACAACACACUAUUAAAUAGUGGAAUCGUUGGAUGAGCAGUGUUUUGAUAAAUGAUGAAAGUACUGUGUCUCUUUGGGAAUGUCUCAGAAUGGAAACUCAUAUUUAGCUGUCAAUGGUUUAGGUUUUCUUUCCUCUUUCUGUGUUACCUAAGAUAUGUGAACUAGUGCAAUGUAAUAAAUAUGUUUUUUCAGUCCUUUUACAUUAGCAAAGAUAGCAGGCAUUUGGCCUGUACUAGAGUAACCAAAAACAGAUGCGUGGAAGAAGAUAGAUCCCCUAGCUCUCUAGAAAAAAUGUACAUUGUUGAAUUGUAAUAUCAUCCACAAAUAUUGCUGUUUCGCUACUAUUAAAAAUGGAUUUUACUUGAGAAGUAUGAUAAAACAGAAGAAACCAAAGUUUUUUUUUUCUGAAAAGUUAAGUUUCCUCUUGUUAGAAUUAAUGGUAUUUAAGCAGUGCCACAGUAUAGUGAAUUUUAGUUAUGUAUUCUUAAAAAAAUAACAAUGGCAUACAACACCUUUGCACUGCCUUAUACAUUUGGGAUUUCUGGGAAUAUAAGGAUCCCUUUAGGAUGUAAUUGUUAUAGUUAGCCAGGUUAUAAAAGUGGAAGAAGUGACGGACAGUUUUUAAGAAUGCAGAGUUGUUGAGACCAUAAUGAUGGUUUACAAAUUAUAGUAGAGAACAUAGCUUCAUUUUCUAGAAUGUUUCAAUGAACUCUUGUCAUACUUUACUUUGAGUGUAUUUGUGGCAGCAGGAUAUAGUUAUAGAACCACACUAUAAUCUGCUAAAGAUGGUGUUUAGCUGGUAGGCAUGACAUUAUAUACUGAUACCAUCAUGUCCAUUGAAAUUCAGUGAUACCUACAGCUUUAUUUUUUUUCCUGUCGUCAGUCAUAGCAUACCAGUAUUCUAGAACAGUUAUCAUUACAAACAGGCUGUAAGACAGGUUCUGAAAGAGCUAUUCAUUAAAUCUGACUUUGAUAAAACUGAAACAAUGAAAAUAAUAUUAGCAGAACAUUGUUUCUUAAAAUAAAAUGCACCCACAAUAUUUUCUUGGAGAGUGACAGAGAACACUUGUCUGCACUUUAUUAAUGUAUUCUCCUAGACGAGUGCCUUUGGAAAGUGAAGGGCAGAUUCCACAUUCAUACAUUCACUGUUUUUUUUUGAGUUAUCACUUGUGACAUAGGCAAAUUUACAUUCGACAGGUCGCUCAACAGUUGAUAAGCCCUACUUGAGAAUCAGCUAAAACAGUAAUAGUUACACUGUACAAAUCUCUCUCAGCCACAAAAACAUCUUUCAGAAGACGUGUGAGGUAAAGAGGUGUCUUAUAACCACUCUUUACAGCUCCCUUGCCCAUCAUCAACACCUCAGUGGGAGAUUUAGAAAAGGUCAUAAGGUUUUAAGGCCUUUCACAUGAAAAAUAUAAGGAAAUUGUCUGGGUUUUUUAUGUAAGAUAAGUAGAAAAGCCAUGUGCUUACUAUUUUUAGUAUUAAGCAUUUCACGUUAUUUUUAUUUCCAGGAUUGCCUUACUCUCUUUGUCAUAAUCUGUGUUGUGAUCUUGUUGUCUUGGUUACAUUUGUUUGCCCUUCUUGAUUCAGCACCUGUGGUCAGACUUUUCUUAAACGGUAUUUUGCUUUUGUGAUCCCAAAUGCACAUUCUUUCCUUUGGCUGGAAUUUAAAUGUUAUGCUAGAAAAAACUUGCUGUAGGCACUUUUUGAAUUAGGAUCUUCAUGCAGGUAUUCAGUACAUAUUCUGGAAAACCUUUUUUAUAUCGUCUUCCAAAUCUGCCAGGAGAAUAUCAGAGUUACAGGCACUGACAUGAAAUAAACCAUGCAUAUUUUUUUCACUAGGAUAGGCUUUCAUUUAAAAGUCUUAUUUUUUAUUAGAACAUAUUUUGUUUAGCAUCAUAAUUAUAAACUCUCCUUCAAAAAAUAAUUUGCAACAAGAUGCUUUCAACACAAUAUUUUGUAAAACAGGUAAAAAAAAUACAUAAGCAUUAGGCAUGAUCUAACCGUGCAUGUUGUCAAUAUAUAGUAAGCUCACAAGCUUCAUUACAUGAGUAAAUCCACUUUUCCUCUUCCAUUUUGUAUUAAAUUCAUUCAAAAAGUCUUCUGAAUUUUCAAACAAUUCUUAUAAGCAGUGAUAUGAAGGGAAUCUUUUUUAGACAGUAUCCCCCCUCCCCUCACAUUUUAUGUUCAGCUAUGCUUGCAGUUCACUCUCUUUUGUGUAUGUGUUGUGGCUCAGCAUCCAUGUUUUUAUAUAUGUGUUUGCAUUAGUUUUUCAGUAUAGAAAUAAGUCCUGCUUUUAGGCCAAAUGUUGUUCCUGAGAAGCUCCAGCUACAACUCCCAAGAUAUUUUCCAUAACAGCAGAGUAAGAGCGAACAUUUUUAUGUAUUAUUGCUCUUCAUAAAUUGCGGUGGUGGUGCUGCGGUAG